CCUCAGACUGAGCAAAAAAUUUCUACCAAAAAAAAAAAGACUGAGCAAAAAUUUGCAGCUCUUCAACACGAAGAACGGAAGAAGAGAGCAAAAAAAAUAAAAAAUGGAGAAGAAGCGUGAAGGAGUAAUGGAAGCAAUGAGUCGGAUCGUAUCAGAUCCUUACUAUUUCCUCCAUUUCAUGGCCUUCUUCUCUUACCUUCCGAUUCGUAGCUCCGCCGCACCCUACACUUCACAUCGACUCUUCGACAGAGAAAUCCAAGCGUUUCUAGCGUUCCUUAUGUUUUCCGCUAUCAAGAUGGUGAGGGAGGAAACAUGGGAAGCUUUCGUUGCGGAUAGUUUACUCUACGCUAAGAUCUUUCUCAUAGCUGUGUCGUUGAUUAUGGAUUAUCGAGUGGCGAUCUGGUUUAGUGUCAUCUUUUCAGUUAUAUAUCUUUUAGCUCAGCAACCAGCAUUUAGUAAAUUAGGAACUGCGAAGAAGCUAACACCUAUGCAGUUGGAGGAUUUGCUAUCAGAUGGGCGCACAACGAAGUACUGGUUGAUAGAAUUCUUUGCAUGUAGUUCAUCUAAGUGUGUUCGUUCAAGCCGAUGCUUUCCUGAGCUCUCCAUCACGUACUCGAAUAAUCUUUUGUCUUUCGGAACUGUUGAUCUUGGACUUUUCCCUAAUACUGCAGCGCAGUUUGGAAUAUCUCUUGCCGGUGGAAUGUCUCAGCUUCCAACAUACAUAUUGUUUGAAAAGGGUGCCGAAGUCUCUCGGUUCCCAGACUUUUAUGUUGAUGCUGCACCUUCUUUACCCAUAACCAAGAAACUUCUAUGUCAACAUUUUGAGCUUGAUCGGCUUCUACUUGACUACAUAAACGGAGCAUAGUCGGAGAAAACGGGUAUUCUGGCUUUCUCUUGCAAGAGCAGUAUGAACACACAUCACCACAACCAUCACACUAUCUUAUUCGUUUGUUUGUUCUCUUAAAAUGGGCAUUUUUGGUGAGGCUCGCGGGAGAAAACGACGGUAUUAUACUUUAGUGCUAUAGAGAGAUAGAAAGAUUCUGUUGAAAUCUUACGGCUUGAAAUUUCAACGAAGUGUUCUUGAAUAUGAUGGUAAUGAAAUAUCGGUUUCUGACUUUUACUUAAGUGCUAAUCGUAUUCAUGACUUUUGAGGCUUA